AUGAAGCGCGUUUUACGCCUUGCCUACGUAUUUUUGUCUGUAGUGGGUAUUGUGCUUGAUGGAGCACAUUUUCGUGGUGGUAUUAUUUCAUGGCGCCCGUUAAAUAAUACAGUACAGGGUACCACUGCACAAAUUCAAAUACAUCAAAGAUAUUUUUGGAAUCGAGAAUGGGGCAGUUUUAGUGCACCUUAUUGCACGGAAGCGAAUGUUGCUGCUAAAACAUCUAUUCCAGUCAAUGAAGAUAUGAAAUGUUUAGCAAACUGCUCAAGUUCUAACUAUCCUUCAGUUGGACUUUCAACUAUUAUGACAACUACAGACUGUGAUUCAAACCCAAUCAUUGAAUCAUGGGCUGGCGAACGCUACGAUACUUUGACAAUGCCUUUGACAACAUCGAUUACAAUUGGCUAUCAAUCAAGUGCAUGGUUUGCUUCACUCUAUAUUGGCGCUAAUGAUCCUUGGUCAAUUGUCAAUCGAUUGAAUCUAGCUACGAGACCUGAUGGUUAUAUUAAUUCCAGUCCUGUUACAACUACAUUACCAGUAGUAUUUUAUCCAAGAAAUGUACGAGUAACUCAUGUUGUACAAAUGGCAGAUAAUGAUGCUACUGACACAUUGAUAUGUCGUUGGUCCACUUCGGCUUCUGGAACCAAUUACAAUCGUGCUGAUGAGUGUGGAGGUGUCUGUAUGGGACUGCCCCCUAUAACCACAAUACUCACCGGAAUCAACUGUACGUUGAGUUUUACUCUACCAACUGCUAAUCUCUAUUAUGGUUGUGCACUGCAAAUUGAAGAUUAUUUUAGUAGUAGUUCCCCAAAUCCAAUGAGUUCAGUUCCAAUACAAUUCUUAUUCUAUGCAUACAAUAUUGCAUCUGGUGCAUGCGCAAAUGCUCCUGCAAUUAUUGGUGUCCGCCCAAACAGAGCUUGCAUUGGUGUUCCAGUUGGUGUUCCGCUCACUGAAACCAUAGAGAUACAAACAUACUGUCCUGGUCAAACAAUUGUUGAUUUGGUCACUAGUUCACCUAUUGGAAUGACACAUAGUGCUAUUAGCAAUCCAAGUCCUGGUUUAUGGAUAAUGACAUUGUCGUGGACACCAGCAGCAUCACAAGACGGUCCUCAAGGUUUUUGUGCUGGUGCAGUUGACAAUAGUAGUCUACAAUCAGCUCCAUGGUGUCUUACGUACCUAGUUGAUUAUGAUUCACCAAAUUUAAUUCUUCCUCAAGUAGUACAAGGAUCAGCAAGUCCAAUAGCAACAAGUGCAGUCGGUCGUCCUUCUCGUAAUGGAACAAACGUCUGUUUUCACUUGGACACUACAAAUGCAUCAGUUCUAUGUUAUGAUGCUGGAUAUUCUCCAAAUGUUAUUUAUACUGGAUAUACAAUUGUAAUUGUUACAACUAUAACAUGGACACCUGGUGAAUCUUAUUAUGUAACAAUGGAUAGUGGAUUUGCUAGUGGAAGUGUAUUCUGUCAUGCUGAAUCGGCACCUAUUACUGAUAAAACAUUUUGGAGAUUCGAUAUCUGGAAUCCAGCACUUUCAAGUACAACUACAACAACCACUACGCCACCAACAACUCAUACAGUUACAAGCCUAGGAACAACUACUACUUCAAUCAAUACAGCAUGUACCACAAGUGGAAUAGUAGUAACUAGUACCAAUGCUUCUACGACUACAACAACUGUCACUACCACACCUCCAACUACAGCUGGUCCAACAACAGCAGGUCCAACUACCACAGGUGCAACAACUGAAUCAACUAUUCCUGUUUUUUAUCCAGCAGAUUUCGAAAGUGCAUGUAAACAACCAGUUGCAAUUAUGUCAGCUGUUACGAUGGUUGCUUUUAUGCCUGUACAUGCUCUGGCAAUGUAUGCUGCUUUCACAAAAUUUUCAAACAUGUUCAAACCAUCAAACACCGCUGCAAAAGCACGACAUCAACAACGAAUGAAAAAUAUUCUACGACGUUAA